GCCACCUUCUUGCCACCCCGCCCACCGACCACAUCCCACCAUCCGCACCCAAUCGACCCCCAAUCGAAUCGAGCCCAUUAGGGUCCGGGACCGUCGGCUACAGCAGAAUCACUCAAGAGUUCUUCAGACAUGAUGGACCGAUUUCUGCUUCUGUUAACCUGCAUGCUUGUAUCUAACUACCUACAUCCAUGGAGAGGGGCCGAUGCACAAUCGAUGUUCACUAUAAGAGACAUCAGCAUUUCUCUUGAGCCCGGGUCCGAUGUGAUGCGCGGCACCAACGUGACUGUGCGGUGUCAGGCAUUGGUCAGCAGCUCAGGCACGGGGCCGCUAAGUCGCGAGUACACGAUCUACAAGGACGGCAUCACAAUGUACACAAAGACCACCAGCAGCUCAGGCGACCUCCUGUACCGCCUCCCUGACGCCAGAGUGUCCAACACGGGAAAAUACAAAUGUAAGAUCAGCAUUGAAGGCAAGAAGGUGAACAGCGAGGCCAAAAAACUCACAGUCACAGGUCUAUCUGCACCCCUCCUUCAUUUGAACAACGCUGUUAUCAAUGAGGGGGAGGAACUAACAGCCAGGUGUACCGCGCCUGGAGAGACAGGUUCUAUCAUUUUCUACUUCCAUGAUGACGCCAAGGAGAUCCUGGAGGACAGGGUCAACUCCAACCUGUCCGAAGUCAAGCUUCACUUCAGUAGCAUCGGCAUCCACAAGAUGUACUGUUACUACACUGUCCUGGUGACCCCGCUCGUCGUCGAGUCUGACAAAAGCAACACUGUCACCGUUUCGGUCAAAGAGCUUUCCAUCAUGCCAGUUUUGGACAUUUUCCCUUACAACAAUAUCUACGAAGGAGACAGACUUGACAUUACGUGCACCAUCAGAGACCUCGUGCCCGACAUGCACGGAAAUGUUCACCUCUACCUGAGCCGUGGGACCCAGCUUCUCAGCAGGGGGGACACCAAUGUCAACCACAGCAUGAUCGCAUUGGCUAAGGACUCUGAGGAGUUUGAGUGCAGACUGGAGAUGGAAAAUGUCGUGAAAGUCGACACAAAAAGGAUUUUGGUGACUGACCUCUUUUCAGUGCCCACUCUUACCAUGUCUCCAAGCCAAGUCUUUCAAAGGGAAUACAUGACUCUGAACUGCCAAAGUGACAGCUUCGCUUCAGAGAGGCUCCGCAGGGAAGAAUUGACUUACACUUUGGAUCCCCCAGAGAGCCUCUUGAUCCCAAAGAGCACUGGAGUGUUUUUUGGAAAAGCGCUGCUCUACGAUUUCAACUACACCUGCAUCGCUCAAGCCAAGGGCAUCAGGAAAUAUAGUAAACCUUUGACGGUCCAUCCUAAAGUAACCGUGUCAACACCAAGGAUCUCGUUGGUUGGCAGGGCGGUGCUGGGGCGUCCCUUUAAGGUCCUGUGUCAGUCGGACGUAGGCAGCCUGCCCAUAAACUACACCUUGCUGAAGGAGUACGAGCAGCUGAGCACGGCCAGUGUCAAAAUGCCUUUUGAACAGGCUCUGUUCACCAUAACAAUCAACCAGCCUGGAGAAAUAAGCAAGUUCAUGUGUGAAGCCAAGAACAGUCAGAAAGAAGCGCCGCUCAGCAAAAGACUGGAUGCUACUGUUGUUGUGCCGCUGUCUCAUCCGACCCUCACGGUUAUCCCCGUCUUGCCGGAAAUUGCAGAGGGGGAUCAUCUUUUCCUGAUCUGUGGGGUGAAAGGCACCCCACCCAUCACAUUUAAGUGGUAUCGUGAUGGCACCAACAACCCAGUCUUCACCACCACCUCAGACAAGAACAAUACAGACUACCAGAUUCAAGCUCUGGUCAAACAUGACAGUGGCACCUACUACUGUGAGGCCAUCAAUCACGCCAACAAUGUGGUCCGCAGCGCACCGGUCAUAAUAGAGGUGCGCCUGGCCCUAUGGAAAAAAGCGGUGAUCGUGGGCUUCUGUCUGCUGGUGGUGUCGGUGCUGGUGGUGGUGUUUGUGCUGUGCUUCAGGUGCAAGAGAGGUAAAAGGGAAGCAGCUGCUGAAUUGUCAGUCCUUCGAGCCCUAAAUCAGAUGACUCUUUAACAGUGAGUCUAACCCGCGACACAGAGGUUAAUAAUGCAGCCCCAGGUAGAUUGUGUUUUACUUUUUUUUUUAAUUGUGCUCCACUGGCUAUCUUCAUCAGUCAUUAAUACAAACACGAGUCCUUUCAUAGCAUGUUGUGUGUGGUAGCCAUUGCGAUCCAUCCUCACUCCAUCAUCCAUGUUCUAAUAUGCAUGCAGGGGUGACAUUGUUGUAACCUUUGUUUAACAUAAACAUGCUUUGUUGUUGCUCAGUGUUACAUGAAAGUGUUUAGUUGCUGACAUUUUGCAUGUACAUUGUCUCUCUUUGUGUAUUCCUGAGGCAACCAAAACAGGAAUUGUUGUAGGGACGGUGUCUCGCCAAGCAGGAAGAAGCUGCUUAGAGUUGAAUAUUAGUAAAUGACAUUGUCAAAUGUUGCAAACUGUUUAGAGCGCCCAUUAUCAUCUUGUUCCAGACGGAGUGCCACACUAUGAUGGCAUGGAGGGGAGGGUGACCAAUGGGACACGAGCUAGCGCGGUGUCGCUUCCCACUGACAUCAGCAACAGGAGCAGCUUCAGUAUCCCAGCCACAGUGUAGAGACGCCCUACUUUGCAAGGG